CUCUCAAUUUCCACCUCCCACCUCUCCCUAUCUAUCUCUAACUCACUCCUUCCACUUCGAAGUUCCACCUUUAGUGGACACAAUAGAUCAUAUACAACACUACUUUAAUCUCUGUGAUCCCUCUCUCUCUUUCUCUCUCUCUCUCCAUGACUUCUACUUAUAAUCAUUCUCCUUUUUCUAUAGACCUCAAUGAAGACCAAAACCAUCUCUUCUCUUCAAAAACCACUGAAGAUGCUUCUUCUUCUUCUUCCAUUUCCUACCCUUUUUUCAUCAACCCACCUCACGAAGACUCCGGUUUUUAUCUUACAGAAUUUCAGCCCUUACAGCAUCCACAAGAGCAGGCCAAUAUACAUGCUUCUCCGCAUGGCGUUUCAUCAUGGAAUCAACCAUCGCUCAGUAAUGAGAACAAGAAUGGCCUGACAAUACCUGUUUCCAAGAAACAAGAAACAAAUGAUCAAGAUCAAAGAGAGAACACGUCAGUUAAGUGGAUGUCUUCAAAGAUGAGGUUGAUGAGGAAGAUGAUGAGCUCGGAUCAAAUGGAGUCCAAUAAUUAUGUGCACAAGUUUGAAGAGAAGAAAGAUAGAUCAUCACCUUUACAAGACGAUAAUAGCAGCAAAAACUUCUCCAAUAAUAACAACAACAACAACAACUCAAUUAGGGUUUGUGCUGACUGCAACACAACUAAGACCCCUCUUUGGAGGAGUGGUCCUAGAGGUCCUAAGUCGCUUUGCAACGCCUGUGGAAUUCGACAAAGGAAGGCGAGGCGAGCUUUGGCUGCAGCUCAAGCAAAUGCAAAUGGCACCAUUUGUGCUCCUGAAAUACCAGCGAUGAAAACUAAAGCGCAAAGCAAAGAGGGCAAAGCAAAUAAUAAUCAUCUUCCAUUCAAGAAAAGGUGCAGAUUCACAGCGCAAGCUCGAGGAAGAAAGAAUAAGCUUUGUUUUGAGGAUUACUUAUCAAUAAUCUUGAGCAAGAAUUCAGCUUUCAAUCAACAAGUUUUUCCUCAAGAUGAGAAGGAAGCAGCAAUUCUACUUAUGGCUCUAUCUUAUGGUCUUGUUCACGGUUGAUGAGUUUUCAAUAAUUUUUAAUUCCUCAAUUCUCCAAUUUUAGAAUUAGUUUCCUUUGUUUAGCUAAUUAACUCGUAGCUAGCUGGAUUGCAUAUUUUGUGUGAGAGAUUGUUUUCGUAUGAGGGAGAGAAAUGAAAUCAAGUAUGAGCAAUUAAAAUAAUAAGAAUUUUAAGGAUUAUUAGUUGUCUUUUAUGGAGCUAAUUAAUAAAAUGUACGACGUUUUAAUUU